AUGAACAGAAAACGCAAGGCGUUUGACGACAUAUUCGACUCAAAUCGCAAACGUCCUACGCGGACCCAGUUUGCAGAACCUUCAUUCUCGAGUACAUCUGAUUCAUCCCUUUCUACAAACUUGACGCUUCCUGGCUCCUCGCUUCAUGUAUCAUCACCCGUCGCAACAUCAUCCUCAUCCCACUCUCCACCUUCAUUGUCUGCGUUGCAAACCUCUUCCUACCAACCUUUUGCUAUCUCUGGUAUGUCCACAAGUAGGACCUUUACAGAAGUUUUCAAGGGCAGAAUCGAGCCAACAUCCCUUGUGCGGUCGAUAUUUGCGACUUCGGUAGAACCUUCGACAUCUAGUGUGUCAGGGACAGAUCAUGACUAUGACUUGUCGGUCAUGGCAAGCACAGUGUUGAAUGGUGAUGUCGUGUUCGGGGCUCAAUCUCCAGCUGCAAUUGACGAAGGGGAUUUGGACCCUUUAGUCACCUUGGUUCAAGAUGCGGUAACAAACAUGACCAAUGACACGACUAGGACCAAUGACACGACUAGGACCUCCACCUGUAUGACUGCGAACACCGACACGACUAUGGGCAGCUACGAACUCCAAUAUUUGUUUGAUUCACCCGCCGCCCAGAAUCGCACAAUCCAUCAAGCUUUGAGACGUAUACAGACCCACAAAGUGGAAUUGCAGGAUCGUCUCGUCUCACUUCACAAUCUUCCCCUUGACUGCGAUAUUGUCGUGGUUCAAGAGAUCCUUUUCAGAGCGGAGCGCGCCGUUGUCAUCAUUUCGUCUGAACUUGACAAGUAUCGCCGCAAGGAAGUCAGAAGCGAGGUUGAGGCAACAAGAGCAGUGGCUAGACGUUUGGAAGGAUUUCUUCAAAACUGGCGUACCGUGCAUCCUGAUAGUAGCCCAAUACAGAUUGACAACAGUAAGCAGUUCUUGUAG